GAUGAUUGCAAGAGUCAGCCAUGUUCUAACAAUGGAACUUGUAUUGAUCUGAUUGGAGAUUUUACCUGUACUUGUCCCCAAGGUCUUACUGGUAAAAAAUGUGAUUCAGAUAUUGAUGAAUGUGCUGAGAACCCCAGUCUGUGUAGAAAUGGAGGAACUUGUAAAAAUACCCCCGGUAGUUACACUUGUUCGUGUAAAACUGGAUUCUCCGGUCGAAACUGUGAGACAGGUCAAGAUGCCUGUUUCAGUGAACCCUGUAAAAAUGGCGCACGAUGCGUUGCUGGUCGUAAUAGUUAUUCCUGCGAUUGUCUUCCUGGAUUUUCGGGACAGAACUGUUCUCAAACAUCUUGUACCUUGAACCCAUGUGCUAAUGGUGGAACCUGCUUGGUAAAUGGUAAUGGUUACUUCUGCUCCUGUCCAAAAGGCUUUACUGGAGACAACUGUCAGCUGACGCCUUGUGAUCCUUCACCUUGUACAAAUGGUGGUUCGUGUAUGGUAACCCAGGAUUCAUAUUUUUGUAGAUGCCCUCUCGGUACCGCCGGAAUCAACUGUGAAAUCAAACCUAACCCUUGUGCCUCUGCUCCUUGUCAACAUGGAGGUCAGUGCCUUGAUGGUCAGUUUGCUGGAUAUAAAUGUCGAUGUCCAGAAGGAUUCAACGGGAUCAAUUGCCAGGUAGUUGACAGAUGUUUUCCAAAUCCAUGUCAGAACGGAGCUGCAUGCUUCUCGGGAUUAACAACCUUUUCAUGCCAGUGCUUACGAGGAUUUACUGGUAAAACAUGCAAUGCUAGGAUCGAUCAAUGUACUUCUAACCCUUGUAAUAAUGGUGGGGAAUGUGUAACGAAGUCAACUGGAUAUUACUGUAACUGUGCCCCUGGUUUCACUGGUACAAACUGUAACGUCUUUACGCCAUGCUCAUCAGCACCUUGUGAAAACAACGGUAUCUGUUCUCCAAUUGACAAUGGUUAUUUCUGUUCCUGUAAACAAGGCUUCCGUGGCUCUAAUUGUGAAAUUUUCGAUCCAUGUAAUCAGAAUCCAUGUGAAAAUGGUGGACGAUGCUCUGCCUUUGAAGAUGGAUUCCAGUGUAGCUGUCGUGCAGGAUUUUCUGGACAAUUUUGUCAAGUCGCAUCUGGUUGCACUCUGAACCCUUGCUCUGGUGGCUCAACUUGUAUACCUGUAGGAAGUGCAGGUUAUCGAUGUCAAUGUCCAGUUGGACUGAGAGGUAGAAAAUGCGACCAAAUUGACAUCUGUGCCACUCGACCUUGUGAAAACGACGGAGUCUGCUAUGCAUCUUCAAGAGCCUCAAAAGGAUAUUCUUGUCAGUGCCUUCGAGGAUUCACCGGAGCCAACUGCGAAACCAGAGUCAUUAGUGUCCUCGAAUCAAAGUGUUCCGAAAAGCCAUGUUUACACAAUGGAGAAUGUGUCAUCAACUCCCAGGUUCCGGAGGGUUUCGUCUGCAGAUGUAAAGAAGGUUUUGAAGGCUCAAGAUGUGAAUCUCUUGCCCCAACUCCUCUACCAACUCCCGGCACGACUGGAGCUUGUUUAGCCUUACCAUGCCAGAAUGGAGGAUCGUGUGUUAAUCAAGGAACAAGCUACAGAUGUAAUUGCAUCAAUGGGUAUGGAGGAACGAAUUGUGCAUCUGCUAUCAAAACCUGUCCAUUAAGAUGUAAGAAUACUGGCGUGUGUUUUUUUGAUGAGAGAGGAGAACCAAGAUGUCGAUGUCCAAAUGCAGCUUCUGGAAUGCGAUGUGGUAGGUAUUGA